AUGAAUCGCUACGUUGUAUUAUCGCAAUUGGGUGAUGGAACGUAUGGUACUGUCGUGCUUGGAAAAAGGAAAGAUACAAGUGAGAAAGUAGCCAUCAAACGAAUGAAACGAAAAUAUUAUUCAUGGGAAGAAGCGAUGGCAUUGAGAGAAGUGAAAUCCCUCAAAAAGCUUUCCCAUGCUAAUGUAGUGAAGCUUAAGGAAGUUAUACGAGAGAAUGAUAUUUUAUAUUUCGUAUUUGAGUUCAUGGAAGAAAAUUUAUAUCAACUUAUAAAAGAUCGCUCAACUCACUUUCCUGAAAGUACCGUGCAAAUGAUCUUAUUACAAAUUCUUGCUGGUUUAGCCUUUAUGCAUCGUCAUGGAUUUUUUCAUCGUGAUUUAAAGCCUGAAAAUCUCCUUUGUAAUGGACCGGAACUUGUAAAGAUAGCCGAUUUUGGGUUAGCUCGAGAAAUUCGAUCGAGACCGCCUUACACUGAUUAUGUCUCGACAAGAUGGUAUCGAGCACCUGAAGUAUUAUUGCAUUCAACAAAGUAUUCAAGUGCCAUUGAUUUAUGGGCUGUUGGAUGCAUUGCUUCAGAACUUUACACCUUUAGACCGUUGUUUCCUGGGUCUAGCGAAGUCGAUCAGCUUUUCAAAGUUUGUUCAGUCUUGGGAACUCCUGAAAAGGACGAAUGGCCAGAAGGACAUCGCUUAGCUGCAGCAAUUCAAUUUAAAUUUCCAGAAUGCCCAAAACUGCCAAUGAGUUCAAUUGUUACAGGUGCAAGUCAACAAGGUCUAAAGUUCGUUGAAGAUUUACUUAGUUGGAAUCCUGAUAAAAGACCAAACGCUCAACAAUCUCAAAGAUAUCCAUACUUCAUGAACAUGAAGAAUAGUUCAUCAACAUCGUUACAUCAAAAAUCAUUACAAAACUAUAACAACGUGUUGUCGAUCAUGGAUGUGGAGGCUUUAGAUGACUCUUCAAUAAACAAUAAAUUUAAAAUUCGAUCAGGAUUUUCUCAAAGACCAGAUGUUGAUGACACAAAUGGAAUAUUAUUGUCAAGAUUACAAAGAAAUAUAAAAGACAACGACAGUGGUUCAUUCUCAACCACAAAUCAUGAAACGACGAAAAAUCAAACGAAAUUCCAAUCAAACUUCAACAUUAUUAACGACAUGUUUAACAACAUGAAAAUAGACACAAAUAAUAACGACAAGGAUUUUAAAGCUAUUAAAGAUUCAGACAAAGAUCAAGAUUUACAAGUAAAAACUGAGAACCCUCCACAGAAAUUAAAAGAUCGCGAGAAUGAAAAGAUCAACGAUGUUUUCAUAAAUCUCUUGAACGACAAAAAUGAUUCAUUUUAUUUAAAUAAUUCAUUUAAUAGUAAUCAAGGUUUCUUUCUUCACGAACCUAAACCAUCAGGCAACUUUCAAAAGAGAAGACAAAGAAACGAUUCUAGUUUAAGCUUUUCGAAACUAACGAAAGGAAUUGUAGACAAUUCCUUUGAUGAAGGGUUUUUCGACAGUUCUAAUGUGGCUGCAAGACAAGCAGUUGAACAAAUUGGCAAGAAUAUUAACAAGAAAUGGGAUGAUUUUGUAGAUGAUGACAUUGCAAGCAUUUUAGGAAAUGAAAUUAAACCUUCGGAAAGGAACUUCAGUGAUUUACAGAUUGACGAUCUACUUGGAAAGGUUUCAUAUUCUAAAAGCGAACACUCAAAAUAUCCUACAACAGUGCCAAUCACAAAUUCUACAAAUCGAAGAGGGAGUUUUGUUAAUGAUUUAUUCGCAUCAAAUUUUGAUCAAAAACAUCUUAGUGCAAGUGUAGUAAUGAAUCGAAGACAGCAACCUGAACAACAGACGUUCAUUUCUAAUAAUCAGUGCGUUAAAUUGAACAUAAGUGGUAUUGUUAGUGGAAAUUCAAGACCUGAAUACAAACUUAACAAUGUUGCAAUCAAAUUGUUUCCGUGGGAACAGCAAUCGCAAAAGUUUGUCCAGAAAGAAAAUCAGGAAAAAAAUACUCAACAUGAAAUAAAUAAGAAAGGUAAAGAAUUUAAUUGUGAAAUUAGACACAAUUGA